GAAGUUGUUCCCAGGUAGCCAUGAGAAAUAUGGUCACACAUCCUGUCCCCUUAAUUGGUAGCUUCCCUUUUCUUAAACAGUGAGCAAGUUUGCUGAGACUCUUCCAGGGAAAGGUGAGUGACAGGAGUCUGGAGGGGAGAAAGGGGCAGGGAGGAAAUCAGUGCCCUGUUUGGACAGCCUUUUGCCUUACCUGAAAUUAUUUAGGGCAAACUCUGGAAAUAGCAUUACGUUGCUUAAAAUUAAAGCUCCUCCUCAGGCUGGCAGGUGUCAGGCAGGUCACUUAGAGUUAUUUGAACAUUGCUAAACUGGUUUUGUCUUUUUCAUUUUAUUCCCCUUUGCUUCAUCACGGAUAUCUAAAAGGACAGUUGGAACCAAUAAAUGAGGGUCUGCUCGCUAGAAUCUCGGAUCUCUUGCUGUGCAGAUGGACUUGUAGAAAUUGUUGUCAGAAGUGUUUCGACUGCAGCUGUUGUCAGUCGAGUGAGGAUGAAGUUGAAAUCCUGGGACCUUUUCCGGCUCAGACACCAGCCUGGCUCUGAAUUGUGUCCUCCCAGGGACACUUAAUUGUACGAAAGUGGAUAAUGAAACAGACAGGAAGUUUUAAAAGAAGGAUAAGCAGUCAGAAUGAGGAAAAAGAUGGAGACUCUGAUAACACCACCAGCGAGCCACCUCCAACUCCGCAGGAUACUUCCCCUGACAGGAGGCGGUCAUCAUCAGAUACUUCACGGUCCACUUAUAGCCUUACAAGGCGGAUUUCAAGUCUAGAAUCAAGAAGGCCAAGUUCUCCACUAAUUGACAUUAAACCUAUUGAGUUUGGAAUUAUAGGAGCUAAAAAGGAAAUAGUUCAGCCAACUAUCCUGAGAAAAACCUAUGCCCCAGAUGACUACUUUAGAAAAUUUGAACCAAGACUUUAUUCCCUUGAUUCUAACAGUGAUGAUGUGGACUCCUUGACAGACGAGGAAAUCUUAUCAAAGUAUCAACUGGGCAUGCUGCAUUUUAGCACACAGUAUGAUCUGUUGCAUAAUUAUCUAAUAGUGAGGGUAAUUGAGGCUAGAGAUCUGCCUCCUCCAAUUUCCUAUGAUGGCUCAAGACAAGAUAUGGCUCAUUCUAACCCUUAUGUCAAGAUAUGUCUCCUUCCUGAUCAGAAGAACUCCAAGCAGACAGGAGUAAAACGCAAAACGCAGAACCCGGUGUUUGAGGAGAGAUACACAUUUGAAAUCCCAUUUUUAGAAGCCCAGAGAAGAACUCUGCUUUUAACCAUAGUGGAUUUUGACAAAUUUUCACGCCAUUGUGUCAUUGGCAAAGUGUCGAUGCCAUUAAGCGAAGUAGACCUUGUGAAGGGUGGACACUGGUGGAAGGCCCUUGUUCCCAGUUCUCAGAAUGAAGUUGAGUUGGGGGAGCUGCUGCUAUCAUUAAACUACCUACCCAGUGCAGGAAGACUGAACGUAGACAUUAUUAGAGCAAAACAGCUUCUUCAGACAGAUAUGAGCCAAGGUUCAGAUCCCUUUGUGAAGAUUCAGCUGGUCCAUGGAUUAAAGUUAGCAAAAACCAAGAAAACUUCUUGCAUGAAGGGUACAAUAGAUCCCUUCUACAAUGAAUCCUUCAGUUUCAAGGUGCCACAAGAAGAAUUGGAAAGCGCCAGCCUAGUAUUCACAGUGUACGGCCACAACAUGAAGAGCAGCAAUGAUUUUAUUGGGAGGAUUGUGAUUGGUCAGUACUCAACAGGCUCCCCUGAAUCGAACCACUGGCGUCGCAUGCUCAAUUCCCAUCGGACAGCUGUGGAGCAAUGGCACAGCCUCCGGUCCAGGGCAGAGUGCGACCGAGUGUCUCCAGCAUCUCUUGAGGUGACGUGAGAGCAGUCGAUUAGCAACAACAAAGCCAAGCAAGAAAAUGAAAACACACAGAAAACCCCUCCAUGCUCAUUCACACACAUACUCGCCUGCAGUCAACCAUGGAAUUGAAAGUAACUGUUGCCGCUGCUGGUAACACAAUGGCUGCGUUAGCCUCUGUGCCUCAGUGAACCUUCCUAAACCACAUAUCACAUAUUCAUACGCCGACUGUUUUCUCAGGGUCACUACCUGUGUGGCCCAUUGGACCUGUUACUACUUGCAUCUGCUGCUGGACCCACACCUCUGUUUUUAAUCCCACGUUCAGUACAGUGGAGGACUAUUCAAAAGGUCAGUGUUAACAUAGUAGAGUGCUUUACUUUCUCCUGUAGUGUGUAGUGUGGGUUGCACGUGGAUUCAACAUCUUCAUUCUGAGUUAACUGGAAACUUUUUGAGUUCCUUCCACUACCCUUCCAGUACAAACCCAUGACUCAUUUCAUUGGAGAUGUAAGUACCCAUGUACUCUCUUUGGUGAAUGUGGUAAAUAGGCUAGAAUCUUUUUUUUUAAUUGAUAGAACAUGUGGUGAAAUCAGUUCUGAAAUCAAUCCAGUUUUGUCCUUGUACUAGUUUAAUAAAAUUAAAUUCCUGUUAGUAUGUAUGUGUGCCUUUGUGUGUUGGAGUAUGGGUGUGUUUGUGUGUUAUUACACACAUGCGACCAUAUACCAAAUGGAUCUAAUGUUAUGUCAGUAAUGAGACCUGCCACAUUAUAACAGUCUGUAUACAUAAAGUAGGUAGAGUAUGAUAUAGCAAAGUAAAUAUUUUCAAUAGAGUCCAUACUGGGAAAGCCAGAUGAGGCUUUUAAAAGCCUUUAUGUAGUGCAAAAGAACUUGCUUUGGGAGCUUUCACAGUAAACACCGGAGAUGAUACACAAUUUUAAUUCUCUUAACAGGCUGCGGUAGGUCUUUCUGUGUUCUGUGUCUUAAACAAGGUAGUUUUUCAAGUCAGUUGAGUGCACUUUGCUACAGUCAAACUGUUCGUUUAUUCUGUUGGAUGCUUCUGUACAUUUUUUUCACGGCAUAUUGUCUGGUAUGAUGGAGAUUGUAUAUUUAUUGAAAAUAAAGAUCUAUUUAUU